AAUAGCAUGGAAGGGGCGUGGUCAGUUGACACUACGGUAGCGCGUGGGUCUCUUCCCCCUCACAGCGGUAUCCGGAGCACGUCAGUUUAGCGGACUGAAAUAUCUACAGCCAUGUCUGAGGCAGCAUUUCAGAAAGCGGCAGAGGAGGUCAAGCAGCUGAAAGCGAAACCGACGGAUGCUGAGAUGUUGGAGAUUUACGCUCUGUACAAACAGGCCACCGUAGGAGAUGUAAACACAGCUCGACCUGGCAUGUUAGACUUUACUGGCAAGGCCAAGUGGGACGCAUGGGAGGCAAAGAAAGGUAUCAGUAAAGAAGCUGCUGUGGAAGCUUACAUUGCUAAGGUGGAGGAGUUGAAAGGGAAGUACGGUAUCUAAUGAUGGGGACCCGACCGUUACUGACCAGCCUGCCUUACCUUAACAUCUCCAGUUAAAUGCCUUAUGAUCUGCAUUGUGUCCCCCUCAUAACGGUGUUACACUUAAACUGUAAUAAGCACAAUCUGUUCUGUGUCAGAGAAUAAGCACAAUUCCCGCAGGCCAAGAGAAAUCGUCCUCCGGCAACCAUGUAGUGAAAAGAUCCAUUGAAUGCAAAUUUAUUUGAUGCCAUAAAAUCAUGUUUUUUCUAAAAAAAAGUAUCUGUGUUAACAUUGUGUUUACUUCACAUUUGCUGAUAAGGAGAAACCUGUUUUCUGUGUUUGACCCUGAGUAGGAUUUCCCUGGAUUAACAUUAGUUUAUCAUUUAAUGAUAAAUUAAAUGCAGGUACACACUAAAAAAGUGCUGGGUUAUUUUCAACCCAGUGUUGGGUCCAAAAGGGACAAGCCCAGCCCCUUGGGUAUCAUGGGUUGUUUCAACCCAAAAUGCUGUGUUGUUUUAACCCAUUGUUUGGGUCAAAUAUAACCAUUUUCUGAGUUAAUUUAACCCAAUGGCUGAGUCCCUUUUUGACCCAAUGCUGGGUUGAAAGUGAUUUUUAAUGUUGUAUGAAUAUUGGUUUUUGUGUAUGAAAGGUUGCUUAACCUUGUGUAAGACAAAAGUAAGAGGUUUGGUAAAGAAAGUUUAAAGGUACUGUUCACCCAAAAAUUAAAUUUCUGUCAUCAACUCAAUCCUGUAAAAAAAACUAUUUAUUCUGAACACAAAGGAAGAUAUUUUGAAGGUUGUUUGUAAUCAAACCGAUCAGAAGCCCUAUAGUAGGAUAAAAGAAUACUAUGGAAAUACUAUGGAAGUCAAUGAGGCUUCUGACCGGUUUGGUUACAUACAUUCCUCAAAAUAUCUUCCUUCAUUUGUAUCAGAACAAAGACGUUUAUACAGGUUUGUAACAACGUGAGGUUGAGUAAAUUAUGACAGAAUUUUUAUUUUUGGGUGAACUAUCCCCUUAAGAGAAACCAUGUAGGUUUUUAAUCGUUCAUUUUGUCAAAUAGGCAGCUGUGAUGAUGAUGUCAGCCAUGCACUGCAUCUAAAAGAUAAUUCAGUGUUUUUGUUCAGAGCUGAACUUGAUGAACUAUAAUCUAAUAGCUAUGAUACUGAUCAGAAGAUAAUAAACAAUAAAGGUUGCCAGUGCGUGA